GCCGCGGCGCGCUCCUUUCUGAGGCGUGGUGCUGCGUGCCGCGGAGCUCCGUCAGGCCUGCUCCCGUCCUGACUCACCGCUGUUCGCUCCUGCUGAGGAACAAGUCGGUCAGGAAGCUGCGCCGCGGCCAUGGCUUUUAAAGAUACCGGAAAGACGCCCGUGGAGCCCGAGGUGGCGAUUCACCGAAUUCGAAUCACGCUCACCAGCCGCAACGUGAAGUCGCUGGAGAAGGUGUGUGCCGACUUGAUCAGAGGCGCAAAGGAAAAGAACCUGAAGGUGAAAGGACCGGUGCGCAUGCCUACCAAGACACUGAGAAUCACUACAAGAAAAACACCUUGUGGUGAAGGUUCCAAGACGUGGGAUCGUUUCCAAAUGAGAAUCCACAAGCGACUCAUUGACUUACACAGUCCUUCCGAGAUUGUUAAACAGAUUACUUCCAUCAGUAUUGAGCCAGGAGUGGAGGUUGAAGUCACUAUUGCGGAUGCCUAAGUCAACUAAAUAAAUUGACGUGAUCACUGGUUAAAUUUUGUUGGGCUUUAUUCAGAAAACAGGUUUUUAAAAAAUUUUAUUGAUGUUUUGAGUGUUUCAUAUGUGUGCAGGGGUGCCUGAUGCCAGCAGAGAUUAGAAAAGGGUGUCAGAUUACCUGGGGCUGUAGAUAGACGAUUUUGAGCCACCAUGUAAGUGCUGGGAACUGAACCUGAGUCCUCAGCAAGAGAACAAGUGUUUAACUGCUGAGCAAGCAAUUCAGCUGUAAACUGCUUAGAGGUCUGCUGAGAAAUUGGCCAAGUAAAAAAGAAGUUAGGUUCUAGAGCACUAAACCAGUUUAAAGGUUAAAUUAGGUUGUUGAUACAGAGAGAUUGAUUACUUGACCCUUAAGUCUGGGGUUUUUUGUUUGGGACAGGGUCUCAAUGUAGACCAGGCUGGCCUCAACUCACAGAAAUACAUCUGGCUGCCUUUGCUUCCAUACUUGGCUAGACUGGGUUAUUUGAAAUGGGGUCUACAUCCCAGGCCAUGCUUAGGCACUAAGCCUAGCUUACUUUGAGUCUUGUAGAAAGUUACUAAUGUAAAGAUGUCCAAAGACUAUGUGUACUAAUUUCACAUUUAGUGAAAUUAGACCUUUUCCAGUUACUUUGUGAAAGACAGGGUGGCAGAGUCUGUCAAAGUACUUGGAGCACUCAAAGGCUCACUCUAGCCGCAACUUUUGGUUUUUGUGACCUGAACUCAAGCCUGCAUAUACCAUUUUUUGACCUACUGAACCACCUAAUCCCAUGUAAAACUUGAAUCCCUUGGUCAUGUGAUCAACUGAAAAAGCAUCCUAGAACUCACUGUAUUAACCUAGAUAGAGUUCACAGCAGGUCUUAAUAAGAUGGGGAAGUUAGCAUGCUAUGUAAGGACUAGAGAGAUCCAGAAGCUGGUUUUGAGUAUUGAACUGUUACCAGUGUUCCACCACUUGACUAGUGUUGAGGUUGGACUUGUUUGGUGGUAGGUUUGGUUGCUUUUUUUUUUUAGACAGUUUCUCUGUAGUUUUGGUGCCUGUCCUGGAUCUUGCUCUGUAGACCAGGCUGGCCUCCCACUCAAAAGUGAUCCACCUGGCUCUGCCUCCUGAGUGCUGGGAUUAAAGAUGUGUGCCACUGUAUGUUUGUGGUGGUUUUUUUUUUUUUUUUUGAAGCUGGGCUUGUUUCAUUUAGUAUGUACAGAGCAUGUAUCAAAAGUAAUGCUUUAGCCGGGCGGUGGUGGCGCACGCCUUUAAUCCUAGCACUCGGGAGGCAGAGCCAGGCGGAUCUCUGUGAGUUCGAGGCCAGCCUGGGCUACCAAGUGAGUUCCAGGAAAGGCGCAAAGCUACACAGAGAAACCCUGUCUUGAAAAAACCAAAAAAAAAAAAAAAAAAAAAAAGUAAUGCUUUAAAAACUAAAUGCACAAGCUGGGUGUGGCAGUGCAAGCAUUUAAUCCCAGCAGAAGCAGGUGGGUCUCUAAAAGUGAAGCCAAUCUAGUCUACACUAAGUUUCAGCCAGCCAGGGCUGCAUAGUAAGACCCAGUCCAAAAACAAAAUUUGGGAAGUUUUAAAUUUAAUUCUUCCAAAUAUUCAAAAUACUUCCUAAGAUAAAAAACCACUUUUAGAGCCUUGAGAAUCUAAGAAGGAAGGCUAACAGGCUAACUAGUUAAUAGCCAUGAAUCAUGGUUAUGUGAAUCUUGUAUGAAUGAGUUAAAGGUAGAAUUUACUUUCCCUGAUUCAGAACACUGCCUUUUAGAAAUGUGUCCUAGCAAUUUCCAAGGGAUUUGAAGCCACUUCAUGGUAGUAUCAGAUUUCUGCACCUGACAUCCCUGGGGCCUUAAUGUGGAUGGUUUGUGGAUGUAAAAUAGGCAAGAGGAUGUUGAGUAGAAAGUUUGGCUGCAGAGUCAAAUUCCAAAUUUAGAUUUCUUAGAUUGGAAGGCUGGAUCAAGUUACAAGAUUGCCUUAAAACUAAAUUCUUUUGUGACAGUAUCUGCUUCAAAUGCUUAUAUGGGUACUUAAAUUCUGUCUGAGACACUUUGCUAUGGGCAUGGAUUUCCAGAGAACAAGGCAGCCAGUGUUUUUUUGUUACUUGAAAGGAUUCUUUGAGAACUAUAUUUCAGACCCCAGUUACGAGGUUUCUAACUGGAUCAUCCUCGGGAAAAGGUGGGGCAGGUCUAACUGGAGAACAUGGCACAAGUGAAGUUUUAUCUUUUGAAAUUAAGUAAAAUGGACCUUUAUUUUCAUCCUAGGAAUAGCAUAUUUUACUUUUGGAGCAUAUCAAACAAAUUCCUGUUCAUUUUGUUUUACAAAAAAGUUAUUUUCACUUCACUUUUUUUUUUUUUUUUUUUUUUUUUUGGUUUUUCAAGACAAGGUUUCUCUGUGUAGCUUUGCGCCUUUCCUGGAACUCUUUUGGAGACCAGGCUGGCCUCGAACUCAGAGAUCCGCCUGGCUCUGCCUCCCGAGUGCUGGGAUUAAAGGCGUGUGCCACCACCGCCCGGCACACUUCACAUUUUGUAGUUACUAUUUUUCAUUAACAAACACACCCCCCCCCAAUUGUGUUACUAAAAUUGUAAAUUAUGUAAUUUUUUUCAUCACUAUAGAGAUUCUCAUUUUGGGAAUCAAAACUCAAGGCCUCUUAUGUGCUAGGCUUUAGACUUUAUUUAAAUAUUGUACAUAAACAGUGUGAUUCCAUACGAGUAGAAAGCAUGUACAAUGAAAUCAGGGUAGUUUGAAAUUGCAUGUACUUAGAGGCACCAUUUCUUUAUGCCGUGAAUCUUUGAAUCACUGAUACUUUGUAAAAUAAAAGUUAUUCUGAAAGUCA